AUGGCCGCAUCGAUUGGUUGGGCAGUGUCUCGGGUCUUGAUCUGGCGAAACAAAGAGAACCGUCCGUCUCGACGCAGCAUGAUCGCUAGCGUGUUCAGCCUAUUCAACAUCGAAGCCGUCCUUUGUGUCUUCUACGCUGUCUGGGCCACCAUCGUGAACCUGCUCAACGCCUCGGAUUUCCAAAACGCCAUUUUAUUGUUCGCAGACCCAGUCAACAUUAAUGAAGAAGGCAGCGCAGAGGCCAUCGACUCGCUAGCCAUCGUCAUUAACGAUCUUAUGAGAAUCGCCGACAAAACUGAAGUUCUACGUGCGAUUGGUGCCGUCGCCAUCGCUCUGCUGUGUCUUCAGAUGUUAAAUCGAUUCCUAUUCCACCCUCAGCUCAACAUCCUCACUCGCACUAUUGCCAGCGCACUGAAGCAAUUUUUCGCCUUCUUCAUUGUGUUUAUUGUGAACUUCACGGGGUUCACAAUCAUCGGCUCGAUGAUAUUCGGCGAUCGUGCGAAGGAAUUCUCGUCACUGGCGAACUCAAUGAUCGUGGUCGGAAUCGUGCUGAUGAACAUGAUGCUCGCUAUCGUGCUGGAUGCCUACGAUCGAGUGAGUAAGGAGAGCUACAGGAAGGCGGCCAACCUAAAGCUUGCAAACCGCGUGUUAACUAUUUGCUGGGAUAUUGUCUGCGAGCUGCGCAUUGAGAUGUUCGCCCGAGGGACCGUGGUAUCUCGUGGAAAGAUUAGGCCAAGUGUGCUGGAAUGGACGCUGAAAAACAGCAAGGACACACACAUGGUGACGGAACAGACGAUGAAGGAGCUGUUUGCGCAUGCCGGGGAUGAAGCUUCAAUACAUUCAAUCGAGAUAGUGAACGCUGUGAAAGCUGGGGAAGCGGGCUCGAACGGAGACGAGACUAUCACGACAGUGAAUGUGGCUUCCAGAAAUAAUGCUUAA